AUGGACAUUGUCAUGAACCAAAACCGAACGAGAAUCCUUUGGAGAAUGAAUAAGCUAACGCCAUGUUUUAAGAACUUUACACCAAGUGUAGAUAGCAUUAUUGUUCCAAAAACGGUGGAACAAGCAUUGAAAGAUCCCAAGUGGAAAAAGGUAGUAGAAGAGGAAUUAAAAGCACUGGAAAACAACAAUACUUGGAUUAUAGUUGAUCUUCUGAAAGAUAAAAAACCAGUCGGCUGCAAAUGGGUAUUCACGGUAAAAUACAAAGCUGAUGGUAGCAUUGAAAGAUAUAAGGCGAGAUUAGUGGCGAAAGGAUUCACUCAAUCUUUUGGAGUUGUUUAUCAUGAAACGUUUGCUCCGGUAGCAAAACUAAACACUGUGAGAGUGUUACUGUCAUUAGCAGUUAAUGAGAAUUGGGUGCUUCAUCAGUUAGACAUCAAAAACGCAUUUCUAUACGGAAACUUAGAGGAGGAAAUAUAUAUGCAAAUUCCAUCGGGUGUGAAGAGUAAUACAGGAAAAGCAUGA